CUUCCAAGGAACUGCUCAUGCAAACACAUUUCUUCUAUACUUGGUUCUCUAUACAGUUCCUCCAGCUCACAACAUGGCGCCUUCACUUGAGGAACCCACCUUGGCUCCAGCCUUGGGCCAUGUUAUCCUUCCAAAGAAAGACAUCAUCGGCGACAACAAGUUUCAGUACACACCGGGACGCACAGUCGUCGAGCGUCACGACAACUACGCUUAUGAAGACCUUCUGCCUUCAUUCCCUGAUAUUCAUUGGGAUCCGCUAGAAGAGAUUCCACAUGAAGACAGAGGACUUCGCGGGGAUCCUAAAUUCCGUAACCUACUGCGCGAUGCAACCGAUGUUUUUGACUAUACACCCAAGAUCGGAACUGAGAUUCACGGUGUGAACUUGGCCAAGUUAGAUGAAGCGCAGAAGGACGACUUGGCUCGCUUAGUCGCUGUCCGUGGGGUGGUGUUCUUCCGUGACCAAAAGGACUUAGACAUUGAUGCCCAAAGAGAACUAGGUAGACAUUUCGGGAGACUACAUAAGCACGCAACUACGUCCGUUCCGAGGAAGCAAGGCUUGGACGAUGUUCACGUAGUUUACAGUGGAGAUAAUUCUGGCGACCAGCGGGCAUUGUUCACGCCCAGCUUUUUGUGGCACUCGGAUGUGACGUACGAGGUACAGCCACCAUCAUACACAAUGUUGAAGGUUCUCACAGGGCCUCCCCGUGGAGGGGGUGGCGAUACUCUUUGGACUUCUCAGUAUGCAGCAUACGAUGCUCUUUCCUCUCAUAUGCAGACAUAUCUGAAGGGCUUGACUGCGCUUCACUCAGCGGACAUGCAAGCUUCUGAUUCACGAGCCCUCGGUCGACCAGUCCGUCGUGAGCCUGUCACUACAGAGCACCCUCUGAUCCGCACCAACCCGGUGACUGGCUGGAAUAGUCUUUUCUUCAACCCUGGGUUCGUCACAAAGAUCGUUGGGAUCCCUAAGACAGAGAGUGACGCUAUUAUCAAAUAUCUCACCGAUGUGAUUGCAACCACACAAGAGAUGCACGCACGGUUUCAGUGGAAUAAGGAUGACCUAGCUAUCUGGGACAAUCGGACUACGAACCACACGGCGUCUUAUGGGUUUGCACCCCAUCGUCGUCAUGCAGUUCGAGUCGCUGCUCAGGCCGAACGACCCUACCUGGACCCGGCCGGCAAAUCACAAGAAGAGGAGCACAUUGCGCUUUACAACCUGCCACCGGUAGACAAGAAUGGUGCUCGUCAGUCAAACUACAAUGACUAAGCCUUUGUUUCUAUUUCUUUUUGUUUUUCACUGCUGAGCGAAACACUUGCGAACAUUCUGAGGAAAUGGCGUUACACAUACCCG